AUGUAUCGUCAUUAUUCUAACAACAGUAGACAUCACGAUGGUGCAGGAGAUCAUGCACCGCAUAUUAAUUUAACCUAUGUUGAUGGCGACGUUCACGUGGAAUUAAAAAAAAUGAUCCAAUCAGGUGAACAACGAACACUAAUUUUAAAAGCGGAACAAUUUUUUGAGAUUUCGUUCAAAAGUGAUGAAAUUCGAAAAGCUGGCCGUGAGAUGGCUCAUUAUCAGGGGCGUAACAGUGAGAAACAGCCGCCGAGUGAAGUUGGUUCAUUUAGAUUUAUUUUACGUUCCGACUAUAACAGUCAUAAAUAUGAACAUUUAUACGAAUGGGAAGUGCCCAAUUCUGAUUUACGAAUUUCGGUUCGUAAUCGUCGCAGUGACGGUAGACGACCUAAAGACACUGAAUUUGUGGUUGAAGUACGGGUGUUUACAGCAAGUGGUAGGCCCACAAUUGAAGGCAUUAUGAUGGCAUGGCAUAAUUUCAAUGGUGAGUUUUUGAGUUUAUAAGGAGAGGACAGCGUGGCAUCGCUCAUCAAAACCAAACGUGAUAGACUAAGGUAGACCAGGUGAUCUCGAAUUUCAGACCAUCGGUUCAUAUCAUUUGCAGUCUGUCAAACAAAUCUAAACAUUGCCAUUUUUUUGACGGAUUUCACGAAUUUUCAGUAUUCUUAGGGUUAAGCUCAUCUUUCGUUUAGAGAAAUUUCCGUAGUUAUGAGCGAGUUAUACGACGUAUAAAUCGACGAGUAUAAGUUUAUAAUUACUUUAUACGGCUAAAACGCGUAACUGUCACUCUCAGCUGCGGUGAGUUAAGCGAUAUUUUUUCUCUCAAACCAGCCUUAAAAGCAUAUGACUCACUCGCGUUUAGGAAAUUGAAAUGAUACUGUACGACGAUGCUGUAUAUAUAGGGAACAUAGCUGCCUUAUGACUACGUAAUAUAUGUACGAGUCGUAGGGCUAGUACAAAAAUGACGUG